GUGGCCGUCUCUACACUCAGAGGAGGUGGGGAAACCAGAGAAGUAGGUAAGACUGGGGGAGGGGGUGGAGAAUGCCACAAGAAUGCUUGGGAGGGUCAGAGAAAAUACUGGGAGCGUGCUCAACUUCUCAAGUUUCUAAGAGCAACAUCGAGGCACCGAAGGAGGAAGGAGAACAACACGACAAGCGGAACGCCACAGAUUAACGUGGAAGGAAGUCAGGGGGGGAGCAGAGGGAGAAGAGACAAGAAGAUAAGAGUCAUGCACUGGAGAGCGGAGGGCCGACAAGACCGCGGGGGAGGGGAGGAGUAAGUGAAGAAAUAAGAGGGAAGGACGUAACCAGCUUGGAAAGAGGGGGGGAGCCGGCAGCAGGAUUAUGCCGGCUGGACGUGGGGGGGGGGCGGAGGCUGCAGCUGGGCCCACGUCACGGGGGGGACAUGCGGCCCAUGUUGCUGGAGUUGCAGCGUUCCUGGCCGUUCCUCCUGCUCGCCCUGGUAGCUGGCACCACUCUGUUCCUGUGGUACGCCGUAGUGAUCUGCCGUGAUCUCCGAAACCCUCCUCCGAUGAGAGUGAGACCUAUUACAUCAGGAAUAUGUGAAAGCUGCAGGUGUGACAUGCCUGAGAUGCUGCUGAAGCUCUUGAACAGCAGCUGGAGCAAGCAGAAGACCAAUUCCGACAUGUUCAGGUUUCAGCUGACCACCACCUGCAAUGGAGUCUCGAACGCCAUAGUCACACAGCUCAAUACACCCUUGGGGUCAAAAGUCACAUAUGAUGGCGAGAAAAAAAAAUCUCUCAAGGUGACCCCAAAACUGUUCGACACCUUCGUGAAGGAAUCACCAUUUAUAAAUAAGUCAUUCAAGACGUGUUCCGUGGUGGGAAACGGUGGUGUGCUGGUCAACAGCAGCUGUGGAGAGGAGAUCGACUCGGCCCAGUUUGUCAUCAGGUGUAACCUUCCUCCUUUGGACAAGGGCUACAAAAGAGACGUUGGCAACAAGACGAACCUGGUAACAUCCAAUCCCAGCAUCCUCAUGGAUAAGUUUGGAUCCUUGAUGGAGCUCCGGCGCCCCUUUGUAGAGCGGCUGGGCACCUUUGGAGACUCCCUGGUUCUGUUUCCCACCUUCUCUUAUGGGCAAAACACGGCCGUCUCUUUGCGCGCCCUCUACACAGUGCAGGACUUCAGAAGCCCGGCCCGGCCCGUCUUCCUGAACCCAGAGUACCUCCGGAACCUGGCCCGGUUCUGGCGGACCAAGGGCCUGAAGAGGCGCCUCAGCACCGGGAUAAUGAUGGUCAGCCUGGCACUGGAGCUGUGUGAUGAAGUGAAUCUCUACGGCUUCUGGCCCUACCCCCAGCACCCACGGGACUGCCGGUCUCUCACCAACCACUACUAUGACGACGUGAAAAGCAGAAGAAACGUGCACGCCAUGCCGGAGGAGUUUAACCAGCUGUUACAGCUCUACAAACUGGGUGUAGUCAAGCUUCAUCUAGAGGAGUGUGUGCCAACAGCCAGAAAAGUUUGACUCCUCUUUCAUUCUCCUUUGUUGGUGGCCACAGCUGUGGUGGACCUCCUGGCUGAGUCGCUUUUCCAUGGUGGACCACAAAGAGUCUCUGAUUAGCUGUAAAACAGACCUGAUGCUGGUCUCGCAAUCAGGUGCAACUGUAAAGAUAAGUGAUAUUUCUGUGUAUUUAGCUUUAAAGGGAACCAGCUGGAAUCUGGACUAUUCCCACAAGUGUAGAUGAACCUAGUAAAAGUUCUAUUGCCAACGCCAUAGUCAAUUGUGUUGAGGUAAAGAAUUAUCUUCUGGCCAGGUGUUUACCAAAGGCAGCACUACAGUGAUGCAUGAAGUUAGCUUACCUCCUCCUCCUGGAGGUCAUUACGUUCUGUAAACACCUCUUCGGGUAACAGUUAUUUCUGUGAGUUUAUCUGCUCAAGGAAAACAUGGUUUCAUUUCCUCCUUCAGUGUGGACAUAAAACAGCACUCCUCAGGACUCGUAAAAUAUUAACGUCACUGAAGUGGUACAUUGCAGUUUUUUGUAGAUUUUAUAGAGCGUAAUGUCAGGUAUUGACUAUGGAGAGCAGUAUUAUCUACUUAAAAACAAGUGCCUGAAAUGACAUUUAAGUGCCUGAAAUUAUAUUUAAGUGUCUCUUCUUCGCAUCAGCAAACUAAUUCCAGCCAGCUCUGGAUGAGAUCUAAUCCUGAUGCUGGGAACCCUGGAAUAGGCCUUGGAGGACGUGUAGAGUAGAUCAGUCAGACUCAGUAGAUCAGUAACUCAUAACUAACAAACACAGAUAGAAAUGUGUCCAGGAUUUACCUGAAUAACAGGGGACUGUGGAUUGUCUAUGUGCACUAAAUCGAUUUCCCAAUGCCUCAGUCAGUGAGAAGCUUAAGCAGGAAGGACUGAGGAUCAUUCCAAGUUUUUCAGAGCUGUUUAACUUCUCUGUUUCGUUCCAGUUUUCCCACAUGACCUGGAAUUAGAACUCUGAAUAAAUCAUGUAAUUUUCCAUUCAGUCUGUGUAAAACUAAUCAUUCACAAUAGUUUUUCCUGCGUAUUUGUUUUAAGAAUGAAUGAGCUUUUUUAGUCAUAUUCAAACAGUUUCAGUUGUACUCCUAAAGAUUCUGAUCCCGAUCCGAAUGUUAAUCCAUGGCAAAAUGGAAGCAUUACGCAGGCUUGGUACUGACAGUGACAAUCAAGCAAUGCCAAAUCCUUUGUAAACCAUACCUAUGUAUUAAUUCAUCAUAGUCUCACUUUUACAUCCCAUGCAUCUGCUAUGGGAUAAAAACAAUUUUUAAAUUGCAUUUUCCAUUAAUUGCUAAAUGGAUUUAAUAAUUUCCAGUACAGAGAAAAGGCAGCCACUGAAAGAUUUAUGAAGAAUAUACAAAGUUUCUUUGUGAAAUGAGGGAAUUGUACGUACUGUACCUGACUGAACUGUGAUUUUAUGAAGAAUGCACAAACCAAUAAAUAGAUUUACCUUC